AUGCCUUCCGUGGCGCAGAAAAAGACCUCAUUUGAGGAACUUUCUGCCUAUUUUCCCUUGACAUUUCCUACCCCGUCACCUACAACCCAUCCCGACCUCAUUUCAACACAAGACCUCCAUCGAGAAGAAGAUUUGUUACGAAAUCCAGAUUCGUUUCGAGCAUGGUGGUCAGCUAUCAAUGGCAUGCGCGAGAACUACACAGCACUGCAGAAAACAGAGGCGAAUAUGUCGAAGUUUCCUGAAAACGUCCUUACCGUUCUUGGACCUCUCACAACACCCCUCGCGCGUCAGACACUUCAGCGUUUGACAUAUACGUACGAAGCAGCACUAAUACAAUUUCCGAACUCUUUUAAACUAUGGAAAUCAUAUCUUAAUAUGCGCAUGUCUUUUGUACUAGGGAAACCUGUCGUCAAGAAAAAGGCUGGGGGUAAGAAAAAGUUCCCCGAGAUGAAGGACGCUUUGGAGGAAGCUGCUGAGGACUUGCAGGAGUGGGAGUCCUCUUUAGACCCUAUUGUUGGAUGGGAGGAGUGGAAAGCUCUCAUCGCUACUUUUGAACGCUCUCUAAUGUGGCUGCCCAAGCUUCCGCGUUUAUGGCUCAUGUACAUCUCAAUAUUCUAUCACCCCCGAUGUCCUUCAAUCCUAUCAUACACCCAUGCUCGAAGAACGUUCGAUCGCGCUUUGAGGACGCUCCCUCCUUCACUUCACGCACGCAUAUGGACCCAGUAUCUUUUAUGGGCAGAAAAGAAAGGUGGCGAAGUGACGGUUGUGGUGUACAGACGCUACCUCACAGUGGAUCCUUCACUGACCGAACGUUUUACGGGUUUGUUGUUAUCACCUGCUAAUUCUGCACCUCGUCCUUUGGAAGCCGCGAAACUGCUCCUCUCCUUAGCUAGAAAGGCUGCCAGAGGAGAGUAUAUUAGCCCGGAAGGCAAGAGCCCGUACCAGCUCUUGGAAGAUUGGAUAAAUGUCGUUGAAAAUUUCUCUGAAGAGGUUGGCUUGGAUGUUGAUGACACUGACGACUCCAAUAAAGCGGUAGCUGAGGCUGAGGUUGCAGAAAUCGAAGCAUCGAAAACAGAUUCGUCAACGCCUUCUGCUGCUUCCACAUCUGGGCCACUCAUCCGUAUGGCAGGUCCUGCUAUUCCUGUGACAGCUGAUGGAAAGCCGACUGCACCUUAUUCUGAAGACGAAGACCCUGCCAGUCCACGGAAACUCAACAUUGAGCAUAUCAUCCGAAAGGAUGGCUUGGCUGUAUACAAAGAUCAAGCUGGACGUUUAUGGACUGGUCUGGCCACCUAUUGGAUUAGACGUGCUGAAUUAGACCGGGCCAGGGAUAUAUUUGAACAGGGCAUGAAGAAUGUUUUAACCAGCCGCGACUUCACGCAAAUCUUUGACAAUUACGCAGAAUUCCUAGAAGCUAUCCUCGAUAAUAUCAUCAAAAGCCAGGAAGUUGGUGAAAUCGAUGAAGAAGACACUGAGGAUGUGGACGCAGAGAUGGAUCGACGAAUGAAGGAACUUGACGAUUUGACAGAUCGCCGACCUUUCCUAUAUAACGAUGUCAUGAUCCGCAGAAAUCCCAAUGAUGUGCAAGAAUGGGAAAAACGAGUGGCUUUAUGGGGAGAAAAUGAUGAAGAGGUGAUCAAAACCUACACCAAGGCUCUUGAAACUAUCAACCCUCGAAAAGCAACUUCUAACCUUCACCGAUUAUACAUUCAUUUUGCCAAAUUUUAUGAGGAGGGCGGCGCAUCUGGCGAAGCCGAACCAGAUCUUAAUAGUGCACGCAAGAUUUUGGAGAAGGCAACCAAGGUUAACUUCAAACUCGUUGAAGAUUUGGCCGAGAUAUGGUGUGAGUGGUCGGAGAUGGAAUUGCGCCAUGAAAACUAUGAUGAAGCAAUUCGCGUUAUGCAAAGGGCCACCGCCAUCCCUAAGAAUGUUAAAAUCAAUUAUCAUGAUCACUCACUUUCGGCGCAAGCACGUCUAUUCAAAUCAUUGAAACUUUGGUCGUUUUAUGUAGAUCUUGAAGAAUCAUAUGGUACUAUUCAAACGACGAAAGCUGCUUACGAUAAGAUACUGGAGCUACGUAUUGCAAACGCGCAGAUCAUUGUCAACUACGCAGCAUUUCUGGAGGACAAUGAAUACUUUGAGGACAGCUUCAAGGUCUAUGAGCGUGGUGUUGAACUUUUUACGUUCCCUGUCUCGUUCGAAAUUUGGAAUAUCUAUCUUUCCAAAUUUGUUAAGAGAUACGGCGGAACUAAACUAGAACGAGCCCGCGAUCUCUUUGAACAAGCUCUGGAGAAAUGCCCUCCGAAAUCAUGCAAACCCCUCUUCCUCAUGUAUGCACAGUUGGAAGAAGAUUUCGGUCUUGCUAAGCGUUCUAUGUCAAUUUAUGAACGAGCUACCCAAGCUGUCGCUGAUGAAGAUAAAUUUGAGAUGUUCUCUAUCUACAUCGCAAAGGCAACUGCCAACUUUGGCCUUCCCGCCACUAGACCAAUCUACGAGAGGGCAUUGGAAGUACUUCCUGACCGGCAAACUGCCGAAAUGUGCCUGCGCUUCGCUGCCCUCGAGCGCAAGCUUGGCGAAAUCGACAGGGCGCGUGCCAUUUAUGCGCACGCCUCCCAAUUCUGCGAUCCUCGUGUCAACCCACAUUUUUGGAGCGAGUGGAAUACCUUCGAGAUCGAGACCGGAUCGGAAGAUACUUUCAGAGAGAUGUUGCGCAUCAAGCGCAGUGUCCAGGCUCAGUUCAAUACGGAGGCGAGCUACCUGUCAGCACAAACCAUCGGCGCCAGAAGCGGUGCAAAAAACACAGAGGAAAGCGGCGCCUCUCAGGACGCUAUGGCGGCUGCCGAUAAACAGGCACGCAACGGCCCAGCCUUCGUUGCUGCUAAGAAGUCGGUCGCCGUCCCGGAGGAAGGUGCGGAGUCUGCACCUGCUCCCGCUCCUCAGGCGAAAAACGACGAGGAGAUCCAAAUUUCUGACGACGAGGAUAUAUAG